AUGCAGGUCUACGGCGAGGCAUUGUGGGAAACUCCCAGGGUAUCUCGCCCCCUCCCCGCGCUCGCUCCUCUCCUGUUCUUCCUCCGUUCCUCCUCUCUGCGGAACAUCCAGCUUCCAAGGUGUGACAUCAGCAGCCAAAGGUGGGAGCAAAGGCACUCUUUCUGAAGAAGAGAAGAAAUGCCUUGAUGGAACCUAGAUCUUUCACCUCUUAUUCUUUGAAGAAUCCCAGCAGGUUCUGUAACAUGUCCAGGUGGAAUAUUGUUUGAGACGGAACAACAGCUGUAUGCGGUCAAGCCAUUUGAGUCAGAUCCUGUCGAUUGGCUUGUGAGGGCCCAAGUGAAGGGAACUGUGUCAAUAGCCUGUUUCAUCUACCACCAUUUUGGUUUUACCUGAGGAAAGGAGUAGUUAGCCUCUGUUGCACCGGUGAGCAAGAUGGAGUCCAAAGGAAGCACCCGAAGCGGAAACAAGCCCGAUGCCAAGACCGCCGGCUCAGGAAAGCCAGAGAAGCCUAAUUCUGGGCCUGGCGCAGCGGCCGAUAAAAAAGACACCCCCUCUAAGGAGCAACCGGCCCCUGCUGCCACCACCCCAGCCAAAAAGGCGGCAACAGCAGCAGCAAAUGAGGCGACCAUGCUGAAUGACCACAGCAACAUAAAACCGAGCCCUGCGGCAGCAGCGACUGAGGGCUCCGAAGCAGCAAGUAAUUCUGCUGACUCUGAGCACAAAGGGAACAAUGCAGAGGAAUCGCCAGGUAGCAGCAUCUUUGAGAACAUGAAGCCCUUCCUCCUCAUUGGAGGCGCAGCAGUGGCUGCCAUAGCUGUGAUUGUGGGCGUGGCCAUCCUAGCCCGAAAAAAAUAGUAACAAAAAAAUUAAAACCCAAGAAGCACUGGGGGGGGGGGGGAGAGAGAGAGAUUCCCUUGGCGCUGUACAGUUCCUUUUGAGACAAAUGCAUGCUGUCAGAUCUAUACAUACCUAUAAAUAUACAGUAUACAUAUAUAGAGAGAAAGCUGGGUAGGUAAAACUGCAACGGUGGCCACUGUAUUGUUCCAGACAACGUGCUGGUGUUGGCCUAGUAUGGGCACUCAGUGCUUUUGUGCUCUUUCGUGUAUUAUAACUUGGCUUGCACCACUGUGCAUAGAUGGCUUUUUCUGGUCUGUAUAAGCAGUUGCUGUGUUUCCUUUCCAUGGCCCCCUCUUCCCACGUUUUGUCAAGAUGCUUAAAUUUAGUUCUGGUGUUGCAUUCAGAAUCCUCUGCUUUAAGAUGGGUUGUAGUAGAGCAGAUGGGAGAGUUCCUCAUCAACAGGGCCACUGGUUGCUGCCUGUGUUCUAGCGCACGGAAACUGUGCGAGAACAUUCACGGAUUCUUAAGGAGGCAGCUUCUUUCCUAAUCCAAGGGGUGUGUGGCAUUUCCAAUACUUUUCCACCCCUCCUUCGAGGCUUGAUCAGAGCAUCAAAGUGCACCCUCAUCUAAGCUACAAAGCUGUAAUUGGAGCAUGGCUGGCUAUCAAAGUUCAAGAAGCAAACAUGGCCCACUGAGAUCUACAAUGUAGUCUGAUGCCCCUAAAAUAACGUCUUGGGCUUGCCAUCCCAUCAUACAAUGUAGCACUAUGGUGAC